AGCUUCCCAUCUUUCUAUAUAAGCGCAUAAACCCCUCUCUUUCUUUCUCAACCCACCAACAAAAAAACGAUGAGCACGGAACUCGCUUGGCCCGAACCCGUUACCCGGGUCCAGCAAUUGUCAGACAGCGGGAUCCGGGUCAUACCCGACCGCUACGUGAAGAAUCCCGAGGACCAGCCGGGUGCAGCGGCCAGUGAUGGCCCCAACAUUCCGGUCAUCGACAUGGAGGGGCUGAGCUCCGGCGACGCCGAGGUGCGGCGGCGGACGGCGGCGCUGAUCAACGAGGCGUGCCGCGAGUGGGGAUUCUUCCAGGUGACGAACCACGGCGUCAGCCCCGAGCUCAUGGAGCGCUGCCGCGAGGCCUGGCGCGAAUUCUUUCAGCUGCCGCUGGCGGAGAAGCAGAGGUAUGCUAACUCGCCGGCGACGUACGAGGGCUAUGGCAGCCGGCUUGGCGUCGAGAAGGGGGUUCCUCUGGACUGGAACGACUACUUCUUCCUCUAUUUUCUUCCCAUUGGGAUCAAAGACGAGAACAAAUGGCCAACUUUACCUGUUGGGAUCAGGGAAUUGGCGGCGGAGUACAGUAGAGAAGUGGUGGAAUUGUGUGGAAAAUUGAUGAAGAUUUUGUCGAGAAAUCUUGGUCUUAAAGAGGACUACCUUUUAGAAGCAUUUGGAGGAGAGGAGGAGUUAGGUGCAUGCAUGCGUGUUAACUAUUACCCAAAAUGCCCCCAACCGGACCGCACCCUUGGCCUGUCUUCCCACUCCGACCCUGGCGGUAUGACUCUUCUUUAUUCCGAUGAAAAUGUCUUCGGCCUCCAAGUCCGACGUGGUGACACCUGGAUCACCGUUAAGCCCCAACCUAACACCUUCAUCGUCAACUUAGGCGACCAACUCCAGAUAUUGAGUAAUGACAAUUAUAAAAGCGUGGAGCACCGUGUGAUCGUGAAUUCAGCCAAGGAGAGGGUAUCGCUGGCAUACUUCUACAAUCCCAAGGGUGAUAAGGUCAUUAAGCCGGCCGAAGAGCUUGUCUCGCCAGAGCAGCCGCUGCGCUGCUCGCCCACAACUUAUAACGACUACCGCCUCUACGUUAGGAAGAAGGGUCUUCACGGCAAGACUCAACUUGAAUCACUUUAAUCAACUUCUCAAUAACUAAUUAUAAAUAAAUAAUUAAAUAAAGACAUGUCUAUCCUCUCCUUUUAAUUUGGUGUAGUGUUCUACUAAUUACCCCAAAUUUAAGGAAGGAAGGGUAUAUUGGGUGUGAUAUUUAUAACUUGAUUAGAGUAUAUUUAAUUGCUCUACGUUAUGUUAUUUGUUUUCUGAAUGUUAUGUAAUGUUAAAAUAUUAUUUCAAGUUAUCAUUUUCCGUUA